UUCUCAAAGGAUUUGAUGGGGAUGCUGGAGUGCGAUGUCUGCGCAAUGUUGCUGUAUGAUCCUGUGACGACGCCUUGUCAGCAUUCAUUCUGCUCGAAAUGUCUCUCUAGGUCAUUGGACCAUUCUCCUCGAUGCCCUUUGUGCAGACAAGAUCUACCGUCUUUGGCUUUUUUUCAAGACCAGUUCGUCAAUAGGGUAUUGUUGACCGUUAUUCGCACGGCUUUCCCCACCGAAUACGCCGACCGACAAGCUGCUAUCGAGAGGGAUGAACGUGAUGCCAGACUCGACACGCCUAUCUUCGUCUGCACUCUUGCGUUUCCUGGUAUGCCGACGAUCUUGCAUGUGUUUGAACCUCGGUAUAGGCUCAUGAUCCGGCGAUGCAUCGAAUCCUCCUCGCCGCGAUUCGGUAUGGUCCUCCCUGCUCGAGGCGGCCCAGAUAGUGGGAUGCAGGGCGUGAUGGAGUAUGGUACUAUGUUGGAGAUUAACAGCGUCCAGAUGUUGCCGGAUGGAAGGAGUAUGGUGGAGACUGUUGGCACGCAUAGGUUCAAGUUGCUAGAGAAGGGAACUUUGGACGGGUAUACGGUGGGAAGGAUUGAAAAAAUCGAAGACAUCUCACCUGAAGAAGAAGCCCGUCUGGAACUUUUAGCAACGACACAUCAAUAUAUGCUCCUCUGUACGGGUUUUAUAGAUCAGUUGAAAUCUGGUAGCGCUCCUUGGUUGUUGCAGAGGUUGAAUCAUACGUAUGGUAGUAUGCCGGAUGAUCCUAGUGAAUUUUCGUAUUGGAUGGCUUUGGUCAUGCCUAUAGACGAAUACGAAAAAGCUAGACUUUUACCGAUCCGUUCCCCGAGGUUGAGAUUAAAGUUGAUCGUUCAUUGGGUUGAGACGUUGCGGAGUUCAUGGUGGUGA